AUGACAAAGUUCAUUCUUGUCCUCGCCCUACAAAUCUUCCUUCUCACCGCCGUUGUUUCCAUCCAAGACGGUGGAGACUUUGCAAGAACCAUGAACCGGAAACAACUCAACCUUCACGAAAAGGAGAAACUCACACAUCUCCUAUUCUAUUGGCACGACUCUGUACAGGGUCGAAACCCUACUGCCGUCAGGAUCAAACAGCCUGUCUCGAACUCCACCAUGUUCGGAUCCAUGACCAUGAUGGACGACCCAUUAACAACGGAUGUGUAUAGGAAUUCGACUGUGGUUGGCCAGGCCCAAGGGUUUUACGCUGGAGCGGCUCAAGGAGAGAUUAGCUAUUUGGUGGUGAUGAACUUUGCUUUCAAGACCGGAGAGUACAACGGGAGUACCAUCGCGAUUCUUGGUCGUGACCCCGUGCUAUCAUCUAAAGUUCGGGAAAUGCCGAUUAUCGGCGGAAGUGGGAUCUUUCGACUCGCAAGAGGUUAUGUCGAAGCUCGGACCAAGUUGUCGAAUCCCAAGGUCGGUGUUGCUAUUGUUGAGUACAACUGUUACGUCUUGCACUACUGA